AUGUAUCACGACUACAUGGCCAAGAAUCUGGCGGAUAGAUAUGCGAAUCUCAACUCUCAGCUGGACAAUGUCAUCAAGGACGCGAAUUCGGAGAUCAGCGCUCUGCGAGACAGACUAGAGAGCUCCCCAUCACUGAGUUCUAGCAUGCCGAAUUAUGGUCUCAGAGCUCCGGCGCUAGGCCAACGACAAGCAACACCAAACCGCCAGCCCCUGGGCGAGAUACAUCGCAACGCAACAAGCAGUCAAGGAUUCGGCGGCUACAGCGCCAGUGGAGGAGGCGUCAAGAUUGGUGGAAAUAUGGCGCAGCAACGCCCUCAGAUUAUCAACCGCAAUCUGUCACGCGUCUUGAAUCGAGGUUGA